CGGCGGCGGCGGUGGGGCCUGGCGGGCGCGGGGAGGCGGCGGGGGGGCGGGCGGGGCGCCGCGGCGGAGCUGCCCGCCGCUAUGGAGCCCGACUCGGUGAUCGAGGACAAGACCAUCGAGCUGAUGACAAGUCUGAGAAGGAAAACCCAUUCGAAUCCCCUUUCAUUCUGGAUUGGUGGAUCUGAAGCCCAGAAACAAAGUUUCAGCAUUCAUUUGGUUGUAGCAAACGCAUACUUUGAUCUUCAGGAGCAGAGUGGGACUGCGUUAUCGAUCACCCUUCUGUGAAUUCAUUGUCCUAUCUAGAAGAACGGUGUGUGUUCUGUGCCAAGGUCUUUGUGGCUAGGCUGCUCCAACCUGGUAGAGAGCAUGUGCGCACUGAGAUGCCUGCAGAGCAUGCCCAGUGUCAGAUGUCUCCAGAACACAUCAGUAAUGGAGGAUCAGAAUGAAGAUGAGUCUCCAAAGAAAAAUACCCUGUGGCAGAUAAGUAAUGGAACUUCAUCUGUGAUUGUCUCAAGAAAAAGACCAUCAGAAGGAAACUACGAAAAGGAAAAAGACUUGUGUAUUAAAUAUUUUGACCAGUGGUCUGAAUCAGAUCAAGUUGAAUUUGUGGAACACCUUAUUUCACGAAUGUGUCACUAUCAGCAUGGACAUAUUAACUCUUACUUGAAGCCCAUGUUACAACGGGACUUCAUCACUGCGUUACCAGAGCAAGGCUUAGAUCACAUAGCAGAAAACAUCCUUUCCUAUCUUGAUGCCAGAUCGCUCUGUGCAGCAGAGCUGGUAUGUAAGGAAUGGCAGAGAGUCAUCUCUGAGGGAAUGCUAUGGAAAAAAUUGAUUGAAAGAAUGGUACGCACAGAUCCACUAUGGAAGGGACUGUCAGAAAGAAGGGGUUGGGAUCAGUACCUGUUUAAAAACAGACCAACAGAUGGCCCCCCAAAUUCAUUUUACAGGUCCUUAUACCCAAAGAUAAUACAGGAUAUAGAGACUAUAGAAUCCAACUGGCGAUGUGGGCGACAUAAUUUGCAAAGGAUUCAGUGCCGCUCUGAAAACAGCAAAGGCGUCUACUGUUUACAGUAUGAUGAUGAAAAGAUUAUCAGUGGCCUACGAGAUAACUCCAUUAAGAUUUGGGACAAAACAAGCUUGGAAUGUUUGAAAGUAUUAACAGGACAUACUGGCUCUGUUCUUUGUCUGCAAUAUGAUGAAAGAGUCAUUGUAACUGGAUCUUCAGAUUCUACAGUGAGAGUUUGGGAUGUAAAUACAGGUGAAGUUCUGAACACGUUGAUUCAUCACAAUGAGGCAGUGCUUCAUUUGAGGUUCAGUAAUGGCUUAAUGGUGACAUGCUCAAAGGACAGAUCAAUUGCUGUUUGGGAUAUGGCAUCACCUACUGACAUCACCCUGCGCCGUGUCUUAGUUGGCCAUCGUGCUGCCGUUAACGUGGUAGACUUCGAUGACAAGUAUAUUGUGUCAGCGUCAGGUGACAGGACCAUUAAAGUCUGGAGUACAAGUACAUGCGAGUUUGUUCGUACACUAAAUGGGCACAAGCGUGGCAUUGCAUGCCUCCAGUACAGGGAUCGACUAGUUGUCAGUGGAUCUUCAGACAAUACCAUUAGACUAUGGGACAUUGAAUGCGGUGCCUGUUUAAGAGUAUUAGAAGGCCAUGAAGAACUGGUUCGAUGCAUCAGGUUCGACAAUAAGAGGAUUGUUAGUGGAGCCUACGAUGGCAAAAUUAAAGUUUGGGACUUGCAAGCUGCUCUUGACCCUCGUGCCCCAGCAAGUACAUUAUGCUUGCGUACAUUAGUGGAACAUUCAGGACGUGUCUUUAGACUCCAGUUUGAUGAAUUUCAGAUCAUUAGUAGUUCCCAUGACGAUACAAUUCUGAUUUGGGAUUUCUUAAAUGUGCCACCCAGUGCCCAGAACGAGACCCGCUCUCCAUCUAGAACAUACACUUACAUCUCCAGAUAACAGUCUGCACUUUACUACCCUCAGAAGGGUUUCACAGUCUUGAACUACUGGAUUUUUGGCUACUACAUGCCUGAAGAUGUUGAUUGACAGCUAAAGUCAGAAUUGGUUCUAGAUGCUGUGUAGAUGCAAAGCAGCACAAUUCUAUAUCUAAAUUUCUUAAUCUUUCCUGCUCUCAGUGGUCGUCUUUGAAUUUACUACAAAUUCACUGACUUCGAGUAGAUGAAUUUCAGAAGCCUAUCCUUCCCUGCAAUGAGAAAUCCAAAGCUUCACAUGUAAAUUGUCCGUAGAAACUGAACUCUGAUGGCUUGUUUUUCAGAAAUAAAUCGGAAGUCAAGAAAGGACUUGGCCUAAUUUAUAUUGCUUUGCACUUUUGUCUGACUUUAAACAAAAAACAUUCUCCAAUGAAAUUUGGGUGCCAAACACAUGCCCAGAAUGUACAGAGCUUUGCUUUCAAAGUCACCAUUGUCCUUUAGACUUUACUCUCAUGACAGAUUCAGAGCCUGUUUUGUUUGAUAGGAGUGUAUGUUGGACUCUUAGAAAUAUUUCUGAAUUGCUCAGUAAUAUUUUUGGAUUACAGUUUACUUGUUUCUGCACCAAUAAUUUCUUUUAAAUUAAAGAUUACCUGUAAUUCAGGCUAGGUUAUCUAAACUAGUUGUAUAGCACUGUCUUUUCCUUUAAACUGUGCUCUGUACUACAGCCGUCCUACGCUUCCUAAUGUUUGGUAUAGUAAAACCUUUCCAUGUGUGCUUGCCUCAUUUCAAAUACUGUAUAAGCAUGUAGAUAUGAUGUACAUAACAGUGUAACCUCCAGGUGCUAGGAGUCAGGAUUUCCUGACACUACACAAAAUGUGGUAGCACUUGGCAGCAGGAUGUUCUAACUACUGGCACUGUAGGGGUUAAUAUGAGUUACCUAGACAUUUUCUCUGCAAAAGGAGGUUUUCAGUAUUCAUUAGGAUUUUUUUUUAAUGGGAACUACAUAUUUUAAAAUGUAAUUUCUAAACUUUUUAAAAAUUAAAAAAUGUUUAAUUUAUGUUCUGUAUCUUAUAUUUUUGUGCCGCAGUAUUUACAGAUGUCUUUCUUUUAACACCAGUAGGUCCUCACAAACGCCUACUGAUGUCCUUUAGCAUUAGUUUGGCUGCUCAAUGGAGAAGAUGCCAUGGGCCAAAGUUAAAUUUAUUUAUGUUUGAUUUGUAACACUUCCUUACGGUGGAGUGGAAGUCCCUUCAAGUCAAUGCUGUGGUUACCAUGCUGAUUACCAUGCUAAUUACCAUGCUAGUUUUCUUUUCCAUAGCUAUCAGCUGUGACCAUGUUGCGAUGUCCUGGUCAUGGUUCCUCUUCGUUAGCAUGCUUUUUUUUAGGAAGUCUCAGUAGUUUCUCCUUAUGUUGUCAUAGUCUCCCCUCUAAUUUAUGUGGUCAUAUAAAUGCUACUGCAUUUUUCUGAUGUCAGAGUAAGACAUGGAUAAAUGCAAACGUGAAUAUUUUAUUCGCAUUACUCAUGUGUGACUACGCCUGUCAGUGGCUUUUCUUCAGUGCUUCCGUCGAGCUCAGCGUGAAAUCCGCCUGUUUUCCUGGGGAAGAUGCGUGCUGGCACAGAAAUGUAUUGUCAUUCCUUUGAUCCUUUGUACGUCGUGUAUUUUUUGUCCUCUGGCAGCACUUUCUUGGGUUUGCAUUUUUCCCUUGUACAAUCAGAAAGGUUAGGGGACGUCCAAUUGCUGAGGGAUCGCUCCCACGUUACCGGCGGGACAGCCGUGGUUAGACGCAUUGUUUCUGUGUCAAGCGAAUUCAGAGAAAGCGUAUGUCAAGGCGUUACCGAACCGUUACAGAAGUGCGACUUAAGGUUUUCUCCUCUUCACCCUUCACAUUGAGAGAGGUGUUGGGAUCAGUGUUUAAGUUAAACUCCCAUUUACGUGUUACUACAACAAUAUUUAUUUCAUCGAGAUGACCGAAUGUGAUGAAGUACAGAAGAUUAAAAACACGCUCCUAAGCGUCCAUAAGAUCACUUUUUGGUAAGCUUGACAGUAGUUCGUGAAAGUGUCUUAUUUUACCCUUCUCAUCUAAUAGCUUUAAUAUUAAACUGUUUAAAAAGAAAAAUCUGUUGCAGCCCUGAAGAAAAAGGUAUUUGUUUCCGAAGAACGGAGUCCUUUUUUUAAAUGCAUGUGUAAGAUUUAAAUUCAUGUUUUUCCUUGGGAGAUAAUGGUAUUUGAACAUGCAGUCUAAACUUCUUUGUGCUUUGUGUAACAUAGCAGUGGACUUUUGUGAUUGGCACCCAAGGAACUUGACUCCUGGGAUUAAUGGUAGUGAUCCUGGCUGCACUCUGGACUUUGUUUUGCUAACCAUAAUUGAGCAACUGUACAUUACUGCUAUAUUAAUGUUUCAAAGCACUGGGAUAGUCUAAUUCUAACUUGUAAUUAUGUUUGCCAAUUAUCUGUUUGGAAAGUUGGUGUAUGAACAGCUUCUUGAAACUGUUAAAUUGUACAGAUAUGGUUCAUGAUCUAAAGCUUUGUACUGUGGAAUGUGCUUAAUAAAAAAAAAGUUUGAACUUAAUUUGUCAAAUGGAUAAGUAACGUCAUCUAACCAAA